AGCAACCGCAACGCAACUGCAAUUUCCGAGAAUUGUUAGCAGCCCGGGUUGAACACAUGGUACUGAAAUGGACCAGCGAUGACUGAGAAAAAGGCAAAGUAGUAGCAAAAGCUGAUCUUAUUACCAUUAUUUACCCUUUCCUGAAGAAUUCAGCAUAAAGGACAGAAAUUCGCUGAACAUUGAGGUUACAUUUCCAAUUCUAUUUUGAAUGAGUCGUGCCUUUUAUCUCAAAAUAUUCAUGUUUUCCGCUUAUACAUUGUUUUAAUAAUGAAGAAUAAUGACACACACAGUGAACUGAGAUGAGAAAGCAUCACUUAUGUGUAUGAUCACUGGAAAGAGUUUUCUGGAUAUAUCACAGGAAUGGAAAUCCACAGAGACUGCUGACAGUCCCAAGAAAUGUUCAGAUUUAGGGAUGAUUUGGAUGGGGGACAUGCUUCUGUCCCAUGAAUCCAAUGAAAUGAUGCUUGAUUCUCAGUCUGGGAGCCCUCUAUUCAACUACAGUCCACACUCACUGGAAGACACCAGGGGUCGUGUGCCUCUUGAGAUGGAUGGGUUCUCAAUCUCAAUGCUGGAUGAAUAUGAGUCCUUGUGUGAGGAAACACCACACUUCUUGACAAGUGCUUCUACCCAGACAGCUGGCCAGCAAUCUACACGGAAAAUCAAGCCAAUCAAACAUCCAGCUCUCAAACUGAAGUCCCCGAUAGCCUAUCAGAAAGACACAGACCUAAGUGUCAUACCAAUUCAAAGGGAUGGAAUGGCUGUGUGUGAAAAAUGUGGAGCUAUAGGCGUGAAACACGCCUUUUAUACAAAGGAACGACGAUUCUGCAGCUUGGCUUGUGCUCGGGAGUACUCCGAAUUAGAGAGGACAGGCCAGACAAUUCGCAAACCGUAUCCAUUGCUCGAUUUUUCUUCUAUGGAUGGAUCUUACAAAGAAGACAUAAAACCAUUUGAUGUAUCCCAGGACCCCCUUCGACUUCCUGUACCACUGGAUGAUCCACCAAGUCCCGUAAUGGUGAAGAGGAAUCGUUCAGAGUUGGCAAAUACAUACGAGUGGAAAUGUCAGUUAUCAGAGCCAGGCUUUAUUGCAGCUCCUGUCUCUUGUUUCAGUCAUGCUCCUUUGGCUGACUGCUGGGAGAAUAUUACUGUAGGAAUGAAGGUUGAAGUAGAGAACACAGACUGUGAUGAUUUUACAGAAUCAUUCCCUGAUUCAUUCUGGGUAGCAACAGUUCUGAGGAUAUCUGGAUACAAAGCAUUGCUUCGUUAUGAAGGCUUUGGUCAAAACUGUAGCAAAGACUUUUGGGUUAGUCUUUGUUCAAACUCUGUGCAUCCAGUAGGAUGGUGUGCUACUCGAGGGAAACCACUCAUACCACCAAAAACCAUUGAAGACAAAUAUAAGGACUGGAAGGAGUUCCUAGUGAAGCGGUUGACAGGAGCGCGUACUCUCCCAUCUAACUUCUACAAUAAAGUGACAGACAGCCUUGUGUCAAGAUUCAGAUGCGGGUUGAACCUGGAGGUUGUAGACAAGAACCGCAUUUCUCAGGUGAAGGUCGCAACAGUUCGAAAGAUAGUUGGGAAGCGGCUUCAUGUGUGUUACUACAAUGCAGAACCAGAUGAUAAUGGCUUUUGGUGUCAUGAGGAUUCGCCUCUUAUACAUCCAGUAGGGUGGGCCAGUCGUGUAGGUCAAACCAUAGAUGCUCCGGAGGAGUACCUUCAGCGUUGUGAAGAAGGAACAUGGGGUGAAAAUGAUGCCACAGAUGAAUACUUUCAUGUGCCUCAACCGUCUUCAUGUCCUUUAGGCGUUUCGUUUCAGGAAGGUAUGAAACUGGAGGCUAUUGAUCCACUGAACCUAUCAGCUAUCUGUGUUGCGACAGUGAUGAAGGUUUUGCGAGAGAAUUAUGUAAUGAUACGCAUAGACAGUUACGAUGAGGAUGCUUCAGGUUCCGACUGGUUUUGCUAUCAUGCCAGCUCUCCAUGCAUUUUUCCUGCCGGUUUUUGCGAUGUUAAUUCCAUUCCCUUGACUCCACCUAAAGGACAUGAACCAAGAGAAUUUGAUUGGACUACAUAUCUGGAGAAGUCAAAUCUUACAACAGCACCUCUGAUUCUGUUUAACAGGGAGAUUCCAGCUCAUGGAUUUGUGGUGGGAAUGAGAUUGGAGGCAGCUGAUCUCAUGGAUCCACGGUUGGUGUGUGUUGGAACAGUGUCUCGAGUUGUAGGCCGCCUCCUCAAAAUUCACUUUGAUGGCUGGGAGGAGGAAUAUGAUCAAUGGUUGGACUGUGAGAGUCCUGACAUGUAUCCUGUUGGUUGGUGCGAUCUUGUGGGACACAAAUUAGAAGGGCCCAGAACUCCAUCAACCAAAGCUUUGGCAGCAGCUGGAAAAACUCCAAAAGGUGUGAAGAAAAAACCUCGAAGAAGGCACAAGAAAGGGAAGGGUUCUCCAAGUGGUGUGGGUCCACAUAAGAAAAAUCCUGGCAACAGUUCCACAGCUGCAAGGACUGAAAUUACACGUGCAGCAGGAAUGUCAGCCAACUCGAAAACCAAUGGUUCAUCUAGUGAGCACAUGCUUCGAGAACCUGCACAAGCCACAAAGCUUGCUGCAUCAGAUAGCAGUGCAGAUGGCUUACCCAAGGAAGGUAGCAAUGGACUCCCGGGACCUGGGCGGGAACCUGAAAUGGGACAGGAGCCAGCAGGUCCAGAUCAGUCUCUCCCUGUGUCCUCAGAACCUAGUAAUGGUCAACAGCCACCUAUACCUCGGGAGCGUACUGCCACUUCCUAUAUUAAUUCAACGGGUGCAAGUGGGAAAGUGAUUCCAAGACUGGUGGAUGCGACAGGCAGUGUGGGUGAGCCUGGGGAACUAAUUCCAGCAGAAUGGAAUGUGUUUGACGUAGCACAGUUUCUACGAGUCAAUGACUGUGCAGCGUAUUGUGAUAGCUUCAGUCGUAGGAAAAUUGAUGGGAAAGCUCUUCUCACACUUACCAAAGACCAGAUCAUUGAUCUGACUGGAAUGAAAGUUGGACCUUCAUUAAAGAUUUAUGAUCUUAUACAGCAACUUAAGAUCAAAAUCAAUCCAGCUCAAGAGAGAAUGAAAGCUAGUUUCAAGAAACUGUAAUAGUGCUUCAUCUUCAUAAAUUAUACAUUAUUGCUCCCUUCAUUGUACCUUAAAUCCCAUAGUGCGUGUGUGGGCGUGAUCUGUGCGUGUGAUCGUAUGUGUCUUACACGAAGUGAUAAGUUAUGAUCAUGAUAUGGCAUUGCUGUUGUUUACAUGAUAAUACCAAAUUUAACUUUAUAAUGACUUAAUGUAACUAGAUACGUUUAAUACAGUGAGAUUUUUGUGAGUGCAUUCUCUGGCUGAAGAAUGGCGCUCCAAACAUACAGUUUCACUGAACUUGUGAUGAAUGAGAAUGCUUCGCAGAAACACUGUCAAGAAAACGUACUGUACAUGGCAGCUACAGUGUGCUGAAAUGAUGGAACAGCUUCAACACAUGUGCCCAAACUCAGAAAACCCAUCUCAUAUAUUAGUUAUAUAGUUAUUUUCAUAUGGUAAUGUAAAUGUAUCUGUGAGUGUUGAUCCCUCAGAAUUAAUUGCCAUAUAUUAACACACUUAGCCAUAUUUGUGGAGUUUGCAUUACUGUGUACAUAAUCUGCAUUACUGUGUAUAUACAUAUAUAUAUAUAUGAGCUGUAUAGACUGGUUGUUGUUGUUGGGGGGGGGGUACACACAAGAGUGUACCUGUUUAAUUUCACAUUUUGUACAAGUUGACAGAUGUUUCAUGUACUCAUUUCUACUAUGAUUAAUCAGUGACUGAUGAAAGUUGUUACAUUAAGUCAUAAAUGUGCUUAGUCCAGUGUUCCUAAUAUCAGUUAUUGUGAAAAUCGUAAUCAUGUAUGCAUAAGGAGGACAAAUAUCUUGAGAAAUCA